AAGUUAAUCUAAAGCCUACUAGUUCCAAGAUGACUCUGACUGAUAGUGAGAAGGCUGCAGUCGUUGCUCUGUGGAGCAAAAUUGCACCCCAAGCUAGUGCAAUUGGAGCUGAGGCUUUGGAGAGGCUUUUCCUGUCCUAUCCCCAGACCAAGACUUACUUCAGCCACUUUGAUGUGUCUCAUGGCUCUGCUGAUCUUCAAAACCACGGAGGCAAGGUUGUGAAUGCUCUUGGAGAAGCUGCCAAACACCUGAAUGACCUGGAUGCUGCUCUGUCCACACUCAGUGACCUGCAUGCCUACAACCUGAGAGUGGAUCCUGGAAACUUUAAGUUGCUGUCUCACACCAUCCAGGUGACUCUGGCUGUCCACUUCCAAAAGGAAUUUGAUGCUGCCACACAGGCCGCUUGGGACAAAUUCCUCUCUGAGGUUGCCACUGUCCUCACCUCCAAAUACAGAUAAAGAAAGAAUGCAUCAGCAAGGGCAGCUCACCAGCCUGGGGAAGAUCUAUGGAAACCAAACACAAAAUUGCAUCUUUAACAAUGGUCAUGUUUAGCCCAAUAUGGAACUGUAACUAACAUUAGCUGAGGUUAGAUUGUGUUAACAUUUGACAUAAUUUAUAGUCAGAAGCUGGUUAAUAUCGUUGUUGCACUUGUGUUGACUUGUCCAUCAAAAAUCAUGACUGGUGAGAUACUCUUAAUUAAAUAAAAAAACAAAACAAAACAA